AUGGCUUCUCCUCAAUAUUCGCCUCUUGAGGAGGAACUCUUCAAAUUAUAUCGUGAAUACCGCGAAACAAAGUCCAUCGACGCCAAAGCCCUCUUUUUCUCCCCGCAAUGCCACCCAACCUACGCUGCAAAAGACCGAGACACAAUUCUCCGCUACCUUCGCGAGGCAGGCGAUGUCCUGCAGAGAAUCUACCACGAAGCGGGAUGGGACAUGAAUGAAAUGGAUCCAGCUUCUGUAAAAAGCUUCUACACUAUGCGGCCACUCCUCACGAGCGAAAAAGAAGAUUUUGCAACGAUUAGGGAAUUGGCUCCCGCUGGUUUUGCGUCUUUGGAGGAGGUUCGCGAUAAAGCAGAGAGUGAGAAGUGGGAGGGGUUGAGAGUUAAUAUGUGGACGGAGGAUAAUGAGGGAAGAGGGAUUUUGGUCAAGGUUCAGUACUGGUGGAGGAAAGAGGAUGGCGCGUGGAAGCAGAUAUUGCAUGAUAUUAUGUACUUGGGGCCUGUUGAUGGGACGGAGGAGGAUGGGAAAGGUAUCUUGGUAGAGGAGGGAGUCUGA